AGCGGCUCUUGCGACUCCGUUGCACCGUCAUGUGCGCGCUGCUGCAGGCGUGGACGUGCCUGGUUUUCGGUCUACUGCCACUGGAAAUCCAGACUCGAGCGGUGUUCAACCAUAACCUCCAGAGUGCCAGACACAGAUCCUCCAAACACAUGACAUCUCCUUCCAUGAUGCCGCCCACGCCUGAUUAUGCCCCGGCCCUCGACGACGCCAUCGCUCUGGCAGAGAGACGUUUUGUCUGGCCGGUCUUUAUAACAAAGAAGCCGCCAUCUAAGUGGUUUGAAGUGUGGCCGGGCGCACCGGGACGGUCCCGAGGGCGUCGCCACACCUACGCCCGGAGGACCCGCGGGCAGCUGAUGAGGGCAGGCUGCGUCCUGGGCACCUGUCAGGUGCAGAACCUCAGCCAUCGCCUCUACCAGCUGAUUGGACGCAGCGGCAGGGAAGACUCCUCCCCCAUCAAUCCUCGGAGUCCUCACAGCUACGGCUGACAUUAUUUCCGAUACAUUUCGCAUUAGUAUUGUUAAACCAUUUUACACGCAGUACAUUUAACCACUUUUAGGAAAUGCUAUUUAAGUUAUUUAUGAAAACAUUCAAACGAGCAUAACUCAUUUUGUUAAUUAAUUGUAAAUAAUAAAACCAGUUUAUUGAGUUUUAACCCCAUUUACAAAUGGCAUAGCCCACUUGUUUAUUUUAAAAUAUCAAACAAGGCCCUUGAGCACAAACGUUUUUAAAGAUAACAACAGGUGGCGCUGUCUUUCUUCACCCCUGUUGGUGGCAGCAAUGUUCACUUUACUAUCCAUUUUCCCCACAUUGCUGGAAAGUGUACUUUUUGGUGUUAAUGUACAAUACAGUACUUUCUGUAAAAUUAUAACUGUAGGAAGAACUUUGGUUGCUUUUAAAGAACUUGAACUAUAACUAACCAUGACAAGUGCCACAUGGCAAGCUUUUUCCAUCGUCCCCAUUUGAAGCCAACUGCAUCAUAAUUCUUUCUUGCCCCAUGUGACAACAAACUAAAUAACAAGGAUCAAAAUGGUUUAUUUUGCUUGGAGGAGGUAACGCUUACUUUUGACAUUAUCCUUUGAUCCUACUGUUAAUAAAUAAGUGCCUCAAGAGGAGACCAAAGGACAACCCGACCACAAAAAAAAAAACACAAACGGCCAAAAGAACAACUCGUGCACUUUCAACCAAUCCAAAGAGCAUUUUAGAUGGAAAGGCAAUUUAUCCAUGCAAUCUACAUUCUUCACAGCUAGUGUAAGGAAGCCUGAACGGACUGAUUUUCCUGGCCUUAACAUUAUAUGCCUUUGAUAUUAUUUUUUCUUCUUUUUUUUAAUUAUGCAAUGUAGCCUGCACAAGUUACGAGAGAUGUUUACCUGAAGUGAACUGUGUUGGGAGAGGGGGUGAGGGGGAGGGACAGCUGGCAUUGUGCAAUAAAACGCCAGUAAACCCCC